CAAUUCAAAACAUUUGGCGCAAAAUAUGGGCUGCUGUGGACAUUCGCGGGAUACAGGUUCGAAAACAUUGCGUACCAUUGGCCCUGUACGAAAUAGAACAUGUACAGAUAUUCCUUGUUGUAUAUUGUUCUCAAUAUUCAUCGUUGGUUUCCUUAUCGUUACUUUGUGGAGUUUCGCCAUGGGAGACUUUAAACGUGUCGUACAUCCAACUAAUUCGCAAGGACAAGUUUGUGGUCGUGAUGUUCCUGGAAAACCAUAUCUGUUCUUCUUUGAUUUGCAAAGUUGUCUCAGACUGGGGCCAGCUUUAGUUGUUACAGGGUGCCCGACGCCUCAGGUCUGUGUAGCAUCGUGUCCAAAAUAUUACUGGUCUUGGAAAGGUCCCUUUGAUCAAAAACUUCAAUAUGUUAGGAGUUUAAUGAUAUGUGUAGGGGGUGUAGAUGCGAAUGAUCCUAAAUUUGCCAACCUGAGUAUUGAUCAAUUAGUACAAGACAAACAAUGUGCCCCAUAUGUAUAUCAUUCUAGAUCAAUGCUUGGUCGGUGCAUCCCAAGUCAAGUAUCUCGGUUAAUGGGAAAUGGAACUGGUCAAGUUCGUGAUGAAACUGGUAAACCUAUACUUUUAAUGGAUGCCAAAAAUCAAGAGGUGAAUGGUAUGGAAGUAGUGAAAAGUCGAAAAUUGGUGUUGGAAUUUACUACAUUCUUUGAAAAAGUUGUUGCUGAUCUAAGCCAAACUUGGCAUGUUAUAUUAGUAUGUAUUUCAGUAUCUGUGGUGUUAUCAUUCUGUUGGAUCGUUUUAUUACGAUGUUGUGCAUCAGUUAUGGUUUGGACUUCAUUAAUUCUAUUUGUCGCCCUGUUUUCUUUCGGCACUGGGUUUUGUUUUUACAGAUGGAGUGUACUACGUAAAACAACUGAGGGUUCUAAUGACCUUGAAUUCUCUUUGGAUAUUGCUUCGUAUUUCCGUUUAGCAUCGACAUGGCUUGCAUUAGGAAUUAUUUUUGCUAUUCUACUGGUGAUCAUACUUCUGAUAUUAAUAUUUUUACGCAAGCGUAUUCUUGUGGCUAUUGCAAUAUUAAACGAAGCAAGCAAAGCAGUUUCAACUAUGACAUCUGUAUUGUUUUGGCCAAUACUACCGUUCAUUCUUGAAUUGAUUGUUAUUGCUCAAGUUUUAUUUGUGGCUAUUUCAUUGCGAACAAUAUCUGAUCCUGUUGGGACUAAAAUUAUGAAUGAUGAUCCUACCGUAACUCCGGGAUUUGGAGAUAAGGCUAGAAAUGAUAUAAGAGAAAUUUUUCAACUUAUCCCAUGUGAUCCUUUACAAAACAAUUCAGCUGGCAAAGCUUGUCGUUUUCUGUAUUAUGGAGACCGGAAAUAUACUAUCUACCUACAAUUUUUCAAUUUAUUCAUGUUUUUUUGGUUAAUCAAUUUUGUCAAAUCCUUAACACAAAUGACUUUAGCAGGAACAUUUGCUGAAUACUACUUUUCGUCUCAUAAUCAAAAAUCUUCAUCAAAAUGUCCAUUAAUAACAAGUCUAUUUCGAUCAACCUUUUAUCAUACUGGUUCAUUAGCAUUUGGAUCGUUUCUAAUUGCUUUAUUACAAUGGCUACGUGUUACACUUGAAUAUAUCAAUGCAAAAUUGAAGAAAGCUAAUAAUCCUGUUACAAAUUUUCUCUUGAAAUGUUUAAGUUGUUGUUUUUGGCUACUUGAGAAAUUUCUAAGAUUUCUUAAUAGAAAUGCUUUUAUUAUGAUUGCUAUCUAUGGUCAAAGUUUUUGUUCAGCCUCUCGUUCAGCAUUGUCUUUACUUGCGCGCAAUGUAGUCAGACUAUUUGUGGUCGAUAAAGUGACUGAUUUUAUUUUAUUUAUUGGAAAACUUGUUGUUGUCAGUAUUGUUGGUAAGUGAACAUAUUUGAAUUUUGUGUGAACAUGGCUAAAUAAUAUUUGAGUAGGGUUAUUUUUUUACUGUACUAUAACAUUGUAUUACUGGUUCAUUUUAAAGUUUAAUAAGGACAUUUCCUGUACAGUUUUGUAUAAACGGUGUCUGUAAUGACAGUUUUACAUAAUACUAACUUUUUUGAAUAAAAGUAAAAAGAAUUUAGCGAAGAAAAUUUCUUCACUGAAAUGACACAAUGGGUUAUUUUAACUAACUGUUUUGUUCUAUCAAUAAUAAAUAUGCGAGAAUGAUAAGGUAUAGAUCUGAUUGGUAUAUUUCUUGAGAAUGUGUUCGGGAAAAAAAUAACUUCUAUUUGACAUAUUCUAAAAAGAAAGAAUUAAUUGUUGUUGAUAUCCUUCAGAAAUCAGUUAUUGGUUAGUUUGGUUAUGAAAGAUAAAUAGUAUUCAUAAUGAAUCCGACUUUACCGAAUAACGAUUUCACUACUUAAGCUGGUUAUAAUAAAUCAACCUUGGGAUCUGUUGAAACAAGUUGUUAAAAACUUAACCAAUAACAAUACUAUACAAAUUUCUAUUGAAAAUAAUUGUUGUAUUUUUAUAGUUGACCUUUAUUUCAUUCUUCGUGGUGGCCUUGUUUGGUCACCCGAAUGUUUAUCAUCGUUAAGCGUAAGUGAUUUCUACUAUGACAAUUCAAAAUUUUAUAUAAUGUCUUCUGUGUAUUAGCAUGCUGUCAAGUCUCAUUUAAAAAUUUCUAUGUUACGCGUAUCAUGCAUGGAUCUCACACAGUAAUUUUUUGUGUUGUAUUCAUUGUUAGUUUAUAAAAUGCUAAAUUUGAGACUUCAUACCAUGGUUUGUAUCAUUGUACGGUAAUGGUUACUAUCAAUUCACAGUGUUGUCUAAACUAAUUCAUUUAAUCCAUUCAUUCUCUGGUGGAUAUGAAGAAUAAUGCCAUUAAGAUUGUAUGUAACCAUUUCAACUAUUAAUAUUUCACCUUGUGUUACUAGUUAUUUUUUCCUGUUGUUUGCCAUCUAAAAUGGAUCAUAAUUUUUUUGAAUUCAGGUGGUAUGGCUUAUGUCUAUUUGGAAGGUAUAUUGUUCAAAGGGAAUGACUUUCUAAGUGACGCGUUUACUUCUAAUCUUCAUUAUGCAUUCGUGCCAUUGGGUGUAAGUUACAUCUUAUUAUUGUAUUUGUUUAUAGUUUCACUUUUUUAUUUUUGGUGUACUUUUAAAUAUUGCAUGUUUAUUUCAUCUUUUAAUCGGUUCAAGAUUUCUUUCAUCAUGACAUGACGAAUCUUUUCAUUGUUCUUUUCUUUCAUGAGUUCAUACAUAACACUGAGUUAUUUUGUACAUUUGUUGUAUGUUGUAUUGCUUGUUCGAAUUUGGGUUUAGACAAUAAUUUAAAAGUUGCUGUAUACUUGACAUUUUGGCGGAGUUAUGUUCUCUGAACUAGAUGGUUUGGCCGUGGAGUUUCCAUCGUUCUUCUGAACAACAACAUCACGAAAUUCAGGUAGAAGUGAAGUAUUCGAAUUUCUCCGCGUGUGGCUCACAGCCUGUUUUAUAGACGUCCAUCUUGAUUGGUUAUUGUUGACAUUCAACCUGUCAUUGUUUGCUCCUUUAUUUUGAUUAUAUCUCCCAUUUGUUUGAUUUUCGGUCCUAUAUUUGUCCAUAAUUAUUAUGAUUGGUUAAUAAAUUAAAUCUAUUUCAAUGUGCUUGUUGAUUGUAGAUUAGCCUAGGUGCCAAGCUUCUAAAAAAUGUUUUUAGAAUUACCUGUAUUCAAGAUCUCAAUAUUUUCCCAAUCGAAUGUAUGUUCACAGUUGUUUACAUGGAUUGUUAUAAGCAAGGAUAUGUCAUGACGUUUGACCGCAAAUCGAUGUUCGUUCAGGCGAAAAUGAAGAGGGCAUCCUCUUUGUCUACCAAAAUCAUUCACCUGAUCUACAAACCUCCACUUGACAUUUUUUAAAGCAAAAUAAGAUGUAUUCAUACAUGUUCAGUCAGUCACUCAUAUGGACAAUUUAGAACCUAGCAUAAAUGUGUAUUAGCUCACGAUGUUAUACCACAUCAAUACAGCUUGAAGAAAUGAACAAGAUUACUAGUAAGAUCGUUCAUAUAUUAAUAGCAUCUGUGAUAGCGAGAAAGGCUAAACAUUUAAAAAAUUAGUUCGGAAAGAAGAGAUGAAGAAAUAUUUUACCUCAUAGCUUAGAGGAAGGUAACGCAGGAAUAGAACUGCGCGAGUAUGAAAAUACACGUCAGGUAAUCAUAAAAUAAAAAAACUUAAUCAGUAUUUUGACUAAAAAUAGGUUGUUCAAAGUGGUUUAGGGGGGAUUACGAAAUCCUUUCUAGCAUAUUCUUUAAUUUAUGAUAAAUCAUUACUUUUUGUUCCAAGAAGUUAUAAUACAUUAUAGACCUAAGUUUAAGGAAAUUGUUUUGUCGCGUACGUAAUGUACACUAUUUAUCUUGAUAUAUUAUUUAUUUCAUUUAGUUGACUGUAAAACGUGUUCCAUAUUCUUUUUGUUAUACAUUUUUAGAUUAUCAUACUUGCAUCUUACCUUGUGGCGUCAUUAUUCUCAAGUGUUUUCGAAAUGGGUGUCGAUACAAUAUUUCUUUGCUUUUUGGAAGAUUUAGAAAAGAAUGACGGAUCUGCUGAAAGACCAUAUUAUAUGAGUAAAAAUCUUAUGAAUAUUUUAGGAAAACGAAAUGCUCAAUUACCACAAGUUAAACAAACUAUUUAAUAUUAUUUUUGUUCAAUGUGCCUUCAUUACACGUCAUAGUUUCUUUUUUUGUUUUGUUUUUAAUUUUGCACAAAAUAUUUGUUAAAAAAAAUCACAAAUAGAAAUACAAUCAAUCCUAUUUCAUUUGCAUUUUCUUUUCCCGCCAAACAUUAUUGACUUGCUUUAUCACAAUCUCUUACGUAAUAUUCACUCACCGCUUUAUUUGUUCAGGUACGAUAAUUUAUCAGAAAUAAUCUUUUGUUCCCUUCUUGGUUUUUCUUGCCAGUAACUCACAUUGUUAUUAUUAUUAUUAUUAUAUUAUUUUGCUUAAAAUUUGUUACGCAAGUUUUUUUCGCGUUUUUUUAAUCUAAAAAUAAACGUUUGUUUUACUGA